ACCUGUUACAACAACAACAACAACAACAACAACAACAACAACAACAACAACAACAACAACAACAACAACAACAACAACAACAACAACAACAACAACAACAACAACAACAACAAACUGCUGCUCGCGCGCGUGAACGUUUCGCAGUCCACACGUGCCCAAUUUCUGGUCGCAGACUCGAACUCAUGGCGUCAAAGUUAACAGACAGUCUGCGGGAUAAAUUCCGGGAUCUCGACAACAAUGAUGUCUACACUAGCGUCAAGGCCCAGGCUGCCAGUAAUCAGGCUCGCAACUUUGUCGUCGAGUUCAAUCACGAUGAGGCUAGAAUUGCUUGUGGCCUAAGCUCUGACGAGUUUGGAGUGCUCCUCGGUCUGAAGGCUCCCGAGGGCAUGGUACGUUGGAUCAACAUUUGGUCUCCGAGCAAGCAAACAUCGGUGGUAAAGCAGAUCGGCAACCGCUAUGGAUUCUCUCCAAGGCUACAGGCCCUAAUGGUGGCUCCUAAUCUAGCAUCUGUGUUGGAGGUAGACAAUAAACAAGGCUCUAAGCAGGGCGAUAUCGAAUCGGUGUUGAUGCAUGACGAGCCCAAGGUACAGCCGUCAACUCACACAACAGAGCAGAGCCUAGAAGAUAUCGAAAUCUACCAGUUGGUCAAAGAGACGGUCAACUACACGUCGAUAGAUCAGGGCAAGGAGUUUCUUUGCAUCGGCGCCAACUGGCUGCACCGUCGACCCUCAGUUGGUGAUACCGAAAAGGCUCAGAGAGUGUUGCCGCCCUGGCACUGGUCUUGGCUUACUCUCUGCUCUGACUUCGUUGUUAUAUCGUUCCACGAGAUACCGCCGACGGAACAGCCUGGAAGAGAAGACUGGGCCAGAGAUGAACUACAAAGCAUGAGAUCUAACACCCUGAGUGUUUUAUGCCAACUCUCGAAUCACGGCAUAGCGGACUUCACCGACAGACUCGUCUCGUUCAAACGAGUUAGGCAAGCGCUGAGUAUCACGGAGCCCAGAUCCAAGGCCGCAUGUGAAGGCUCAAGUAAUCUGUUCUACUAUUUGUUCGAGGAUUAUUCAGCAGCCAUGCCUGUGUUAAAAACCUCCAAGCUCCAGCUCGAACACUUGAGCGACCAGAUUUUUGGAAGUAGGGGCCGAAGAACAAAAGUCGGGACAGAAGAUGUCAUUAGGUCUCUCCACACGCUGAGAAAGGAACUUCGCCAACUUCAACAUCUUUUUGAGAGUUACAGAAACCUCAUCCGACGUAUCUGUUGGCCGCGAUCCGCUGAUGCAUUUCGAGACGGUCAACAUGGUUACUUUGAGCCAUCAGAAAACGUGUCCGGCGAGGUCAACAUAUCCUCAUCGGCUAGGAGCCGCUUCGAACGCCUCGGAGACAGACUGCAGCUGUUGAUGCUGAACACGAUUCAAGAACGCUUGGAAGAGCAAAAGGCCUUGUCUGAUACGUACUUCAGCCUCACGGCCCAGAAGGACUCGCAAGCCACUGCUCGCCUGAGCAGGAGCGCAACCCUCCUUGCCAAACUGAGCGUCUUCUUCCUCCCCAUUACCUUCAUGACCAGUUACUUCUCCGUGGAGAUACCCGAUCUGGUGGAGCAUUACACGCCCAAGAUGUACUGGAUCUGUUUCGCUAUCAUCGCUGGCCUUUCCUUCAUCAGCCUCUUCUUCUUCGGCCGAAUGCUGGAGACCGUUAGCGACACCCUCGAAGGCUGGGCUGAUUCAGUCUCGCGAAGGGCAAGAGGCCUCAUUGGCUCGAAUGUACAUCAUGAUAGAGACGAGCAAUAAGAUGUACAUAGGCCGACAUGCAUGUGACAGCUCGACGGGGAUAUUCGCCUGCGCCGCCACACCACACCCCGCCGAUGUCGCGUACAGUAAACCAAAUAGGAAAUAUGACGAAAGGGAGCGAGAGAACAUCUGCAUCGUAAUCAUCCUCAUACAGUG